CAAGAAGUGACUCGAUUGUAGCUACUAGCUUCCUUUCACUAAGGUCCAGGCUCCUCGAGCUCGUUGCCCGUCCGCUCCUGCAGGGCUUGGUAAAAGAAAUGGCGUCAAUACGCCCACUAACGACGAAAGCCCCAUACACUAAGCUUGCAGUGGGAGGUGUUCGGACGUUUCACCAAUGCUGUAUUGCGCGAUACAAUUCUGGUGGUGCUUUCGCGCCGACAGCUUCACGUCGGGCAGUGGCAGCUCCCGCUGUAGGCUCUCAUACACCAAAGGAAGGCGAACAUGUCUUAAACUCCCCUUCCGAGCUUGCACGAAGGAUCUCCGCCAAGGUCCUUCCAAAGCUCCCGCGUCCGGACGUUCGGAAGGUGCUCAUCGUUGGUUCUGGUGGCCUGUCUAUCGGUCAAGCAGGAGAGUUCGACUAUUCUGGUUCUCAAGCUCUCAAAGCUCUGCGUGAAGAAGGCAUUGAAGCGGUUUUGAUUAAUCCGAAUAUCGCUACUUGGCAAACAUCUCACCAACUCGCGUCUGAAGUGUACUUCUUGCCGAUUACGACGGAUUAUGUUGCGUAUGUUCUGGAGAAGGAACGACCUGAUGGAGUGUUAUUGACUUUCGGUGGGCAGAGUGCACUGAAUGUUGGGAUCCAAUUGGACAGGAUGGGAGUAUUAGAGAGACUGGGAGUAAAAGUUUUAGGGACCCCGAUCAGGACUUUGGAAAUCAGCGAGGAUCGGGACUUGUUCGUUCAAGCAUUAAAGGAAAUUGAUAUUCCAGUUGCGCAAUCGACAGCUGUCUCUUCAGUCAACGCAGCACUCGAGGCUGCUGAAAAAAUUGGAUACCCCGUCAUUCUCCGUUCGGCAUUCACACUCGGCGGCCUUGGUUCAGGUUUCGCGAACAAUGCAGACGAGCUGCGGGAUCUAUCCGCAAAGAGUCUCAGUCUUAGCCCACAAGUACUAAUUGAACGGAGUAUGAAAGGCUGGAAGGAACUCGAAUACGAAGUCGUCCGUGACGGAGCGGAUAACACUAUUAUCUGCUGUAACAUGGAAAACUUCGAUCCACUGGGUACGCAUACGGGUGAUUCGAUCGUUGUUGCGCCUUCACAGACGUUACCGGAUGAUGAAUAUCAUAUGCUUCGGUCUGCGGCUCUCAAGACUAUUAGGCGCUUGGGUGUUGUUGGGGAAUGUAACAUCCAAUAUGCUUUACACCCAUCCGGAAAGGAAUACUGUGUCAUAGAGGUUAACGCUCGGUUAAGUCGAUCAAGUGCACUCGCGUCCAAAGCUACAGGUUAUCCGCUCGCAUACACCGCGGCGAAGAUCGCUCUCGGCUACACUCUCCCAGAAUUGCCGAACGCAGUGACGAAGACGACAACAGCAUGUUUCGAACCAUCUCUGGACUAUAUCGUGACGAAGAUACCGAAAUGGGACUUAGCCAAGUUCUCUUCUCAAGUUGACAGGAAAGUCGGCUCGGCAAUGAAGAGCGUGGGAGAAGUGAUGGCUAUCGGUCGUACCUUCGAAGAAAGUCUACAAAAGGCCAUUCGUCAAGUCGAUCCACGGUACACUGGUUUCGAGGCAUACGUACAACCGGAAGACCUCGACUAUGCACUGGCAAACCCGACAGAUACCCGACUAUUCGCAAUCGCAUAUGCAUUCUUCGCGAAACGGUACACAGUGGAGAUGAUUCACGAACUUACCAAAAUCGAUAAAUGGUUUUUAUUUAAGAUCGAGAACAUCGUGAACACCCACCAUGCAUUAAAGAACGCCGGUUCCGUCUCAGCAAUUUCGCACGAACUGAUGCAGCAAGCGAAACGUAUGGGUUUCUCAGACGUGCAGAUCGCGGACCUCGUCGGUAGUACAGAAGACAGCGUACGUACCCACCGAAAAUCUCUCGGGAUCACACCUUUCGUCAAACGAAUCGACACGCUCGCAGCAGAGUUCCCAGCACACACCAACUACCUCUAUACAACAUACAAUGCGAGUACGCAUGAUGUCGAGUUCGAUGAACACGGGACGAUGGUACUCGGAAGCGGCGUAUAUCGCAUUGGCAGCUCGGUAGAGUUCGAUUGGUGUGCGGUGACCUGCGCGCGAAAACUUAGGGAUAUGGGCAAGAGGACAAUUAUGAUUAAUUAUAACCCUGAGACUGUCUCGACGGACUUUGACGAAGCGGAUAGGCUGUAUUUCGAGGAGCUGGGCUGGGAACGAGUUAUGGAUAUUUACGAGCUUGAACAGGCUAGUGGGGCGAUUGUCAGCGUUGGAGGUCAACUUCCUCAGAAUAUCGCACUCCGGCUUAAGAACAGCGGCGUGAACGUCUUGGGAACAGACCCUGCAAUGAUCGAUACAGCGGAGGACAGGCACAAGUUCUCAUCCGUCCUUGACAAGGUCGGUGUUGACCAACCAGAGUGGGCAGAAGUCUCUUCUGUGGAAGCCGCCAAGGAGUUCGCUAAUAGAGUAAGCUACCCAGUCCUUAUCCGCCCCUCAUACGUCCUCUCCGGCGCAGCAAUGUCCAUUGUCUACUCAGAAUCUACGCUCCAACACAAACUUUCUGCGGCUGCAUCUGUCUCUCCUCUACACCCCGUCGUCAUUACGAAAUUCAUCGAUAGCGCACAGGAAAUUGACGUCGAUGCCGUAGCGCACAAGGGUAAACUGCUCGUGCACGCCGUCUCGGAGCACGUCGAGCAGGCGGGCGUGCAUUCCGGAGAUGCGACGCUCGUCCUCCCACCCCAUACCCUCUCGGGGAGCGUUGUGAAGAGGUGCAAGGAGAUUGCCCAGAAAGUUGCGCAAGCUCUACAGAUUUCUGGACCCUUUAAUAUGCAGAUUAUUAAGAAGGAUGUCGAGGGCGGGGAACCGGAGUUGAAAGUGAUUGAGUGUAACCUUCGAGCUUCACGUUCGUUCCCUUUUGUCUCGAAAGUCCUGGGGAGGAACUUCGUGGAUAUCGCCACGGCUGCCAUUACGGAUACGAACGUACCCGAACCUGUUGACCUUAUGGAUGAAAAACGAGACUACACGGCUAUCAAGGUCUCCCAAUUCUCUUGGACACGUCUGGGCGGAGCCGAUCCUUUCCUCGGCGUCGAAAUGGCGAGUACGGGCGAAAUCGCUUCUUUCGGGAAAGACGUGUACGAAGCAUACUGGGCAGCGGUACAAUCCCAAACAGGGUGGAAGAACCCACGUCCAGGGUCUGGUGUACUCAUCGGCGGGGACACAUCGAACCCAGCAAUGCAGCUCAUCGCGAAGAAGCUCUCCGAUCUCGGAUUCAAGUUAUACUGCUCCUCACCGACCGUGGAAAAUUACUUGAGUAACCCACCGUACUUGACGUGCAAGCGAAUUUUCUUCCCGACGAAAGAUAAAAGGAAGUUGAGAGAGGUGUUUGACGAGUUUGAGAUUCAGUGUGUGAUUAAUCUUGCGAGAACGAGAGCGGAGAAGGCGACGGAUGGGGAUUAUGUUGCCAGACGAAACGCAGUUGACUUCGGCCUCCCACUCCUCAACAACGCACAGUGUGCACAGCUCUAUGUCGAGGCGCUCGCGAGGAAGAUGCCCCAGGGAGGCUUGCGACCAUAUGUUGAAGGUCGGAUACCUUCAGAGGUGAACUCCUGGGCGGAGUUCGUUGGAACGCGUGUAUAAAAAUUUUGUCUCCCACUUUAACCUCUAACCUCCUGUCUUGCCUUGCUAUCGCCUGAUUCUUGCUUGUCUUUGACUUAGACGCCCAGAGUAGGUUCAUGAUACAUGAUGUCUGGUCUCACAGCACCAGCUCCCAAAAGGGUCUUUCUAUUUCUUUCUUUCUCUUACGACCCAAAUGUACACUAUUUAUUUGGUACAUUGCCAAAAUACACUUUAGAGAUUCG